GAGCCCGGCGCGCGAGAGGCAGGCGGGGCGGCGCGGAGCAGGCAGCCCAGCGCGCUCGCCCACCGCCCGCUCGGCGCAGCUCCCCGCGGCCGCUCCUGUCGCCGCCGCCGGCGCGUCGGAGGGAGCCCAGCAUGGCCGGGCCGGGCUCGCAGCGGCGCGCGUCCCGGGGGGCCUCGGCGCUCCUCGCCGCCGCGCUUCUCUACGCAGCGCUGGGGGCCGUGGUGCGCUCGGAGCAGCAGAUCCCGCUCUCCGUGGUGAAGCUCUGGGCCUCGGCUUUUGGUGGGGAGAUAAAAUCCAUUGCUGCUAAGUACUCUGGUUCCCAGCUUCUGCAAAAGAAAUACAAAGAGUAUGAGAAAGACGUAGCCAUAGAAGAAAUCGAUGGCCUCCAACUGGUGAAAAAGCUGGCAAAGAACAUGGAAGAGAUGUUUCACAAAAAGUCUGAAGCAGUGCGGCGUCUUGUGGAGGCUGCAGAAGAGGCACAUCUGAAACAUGAAUUUGAUGCAGACUUGCAGUAUGAAUACUUCAAUGCUGUGCUGAUAAACGAAAGGGACAAAGAUGGGAAUUUUUUGGAGCUGGGGAAGGAAUUCAUCUUAGCCCCAAAUGACCAUUUUAAUAAUUUGCCUGUGAACAUCAGUCUGAGUGACGUCCAGGUGCCAACGAACAUGUACAACAAAGACCCAGCAAUCGUCAAUGGGGUUUAUUGGUCCGAAUCCCUAAACAAAGUUUUCGUAGAUAACUUUGAUCGUGACCCGUCUCUCAUAUGGCAGUACUUUGGAAGUGCAAAGGGCUUUUUUAGGCAGUAUCCAGGGAUUAAAUGGGAACCAGAUGAGAAUGGAGUCAUUGCCUUUGACUGCAGGAACCGAAAAUGGUACAUCCAAGCAGCGACUUCUCCGAAAGACGUGGUCAUUUUAGUGGACGUCAGUGGCAGCAUGAAAGGGCUCCGUCUGACUAUUGCAAAGCAAACCGUCUCAUCUAUUCUGGAUACGCUGGGGGAUGAUGACUUUUUCAACAUAAUUGCUUAUAAUGAGGAGCUUCACUAUGUGGAACCUUGCCUGAACGGGACAUUGGUGCAAGCUGACAGGACAAACAAGGAGCACUUCAGGGAGCAUCUGGACAAGCUGUUUGCCAAAGGAAUUGGAAUGCUGGAUAUAGCUCUGAAUGAGGCCUUCAACAUUCUCAGUGAUUUCAACCAUACUGGGCAAGGCAGCGUCUGCAGCCAGGCCAUCAUGCUCAUCACCGAUGGGGCAGUGGACACCUAUGACACUAUCUUUGCGAAGUACAACUGGCCAGAUCGGAAGGUCCGCAUCUUCACCUACCUCAUUGGACGGGAGGCUGCUUUUGCAGACAAUCUCAAGUGGAUGGCUUGUGCCAACAAAGGAUUUUUCACCCAGAUCUCCACCUUGGCUGAUGUGCAGGAAAAUGUCAUGGAAUACCUGCAUGUACUCAGCCGGCCCAAAGUCAUCGAUCAGGAGCACGACGUGGUAUGGACUGAAGCUUACAUCGACAGCACUCUUGCCGAUGAUCAGGGCCUCGUCCUGAUGACCACGGUCGCCAUGCCUGUGUUUAGUAAGCAGAACGAAACUAGAUCAAAGGGCAUUCUUCUGGGUGUGGUUGGCACAGAUGUCCCAGUGAAAGAGCUUCUGAAGACCAUCCCCAAAUACAAGUUAGGGAUUCACGGUUAUGCCUUUGCGAUCACAAAUAAUGGAUAUAUCCUGACGCAUCCAGAACUCAGACCACUGUACGAGGAAGGAAAAAAGCGAAGGAAACCUAACUACAGUAGCGUUGACCUCUCGGAGGUAGAGUGGGAAGACCGGGAUGAUGUGUUAAGAAACGCCAUGGUGAACCGAAAGACUGGGAAGUUCUCUAUGGAGGUGAAGAAGACAGUGGACAAAGGGAAACGGGUUUUGGUGAUGACAAAUGACUACUAUUAUACAGACAUCAAGGGUACCCCUUUCAGCUUAGGUGUGGCGCUCUCCAGAGGCCAUGGGAAAUAUUUCUUCCGAGGGAAUGUAACCAUUGAAGAAGGCCUGCAUGACUUAGAGCACCCUGAUGUAUCCCUGGCAGAUGAAUGGUCCUACUGCAACACUGACCUACACCCGGAGCACCGUCAUCUAUCUCAGCUAGAAGCCAUCAAGCUCUACCUCAAAGGCAAAGAACCUCUGCUCCAAUGUGAUAAAGAAUUGAUACAAGAAGUCCUUUUUGAUGCCGUGGUGAGCGCUCCCAUUGAAGCAUAUUGGACCAGUCUUGCCCUCAACAAAUCUGAGAACUCUGACAAGGGCGUGGAGGUCGCCUUCCUCGGCACUCGUACGGGCCUCUCGAGGAUCAACCUGUUUGUUGGGGCUGAGCAGCUCACCAAUCAGGAUUUCCUGAAAGCUGGAGACAAGGAGAACAUUUUUAACGCAGACCAUUUCCCUCUCUGGUACCGAAGAGCUGCGGAGCAGAUUCCAGGGAGCUUCGUCUACUCCAUCCCGUUCAGCACAGGAAUAGUCAACAAAAGCAAUGUGGUGACAGCGAGUACCUCCAUCCAGCUCCUCGAUGAACGGAAAUCUCCUGUGGUAGCAGCUGUAGGCAUUCAGAUGAAACUUGAAUUUUUCCAGAGGAAGUUCUGGACUGCCAGCAGACAGUGUGCCUCUCUGGAUGGCAAAUGCUCCAUCAGCUGUGAUGACGAGACUGUGAACUGUUACCUCAUAGACAAUAAUGGGUUUAUUCUGGUGUCUGAAGACUACACCCAGACUGGAGACUUUUUUGGCGAGGUCGAAGGGGCCGUGAUGAACAAACUGUUAACAAUGGGCUCCUUUAAAAGAAUUACCCUGUAUGACUAUCAAGCCAUGUGCAGGGCCAACAAGGACAGCAGUGACAGUGCCAGUGGGCUACUGGAUCCUUAUCAUGCCUUCCUUGCUGCAGUAAAAUGGAUAAUGACAGAACUUGUCUUGUUUCUGGUGGAAUUUAACCUCUGCAGCUGGUGGCACUCAGAUAUGGCAGCCACAGCCCAGAAAUUGAAGCAGACCCUGGAACCUUGUGAUACAGAGUAUCCAGCGUUUGUCUCUGAGCGCACCAUCAAGGAAACCUCAGGGAACAUUGCUUGUGAAGACUGCUCUAAGUCCUUUGUCAUCCAGCAAAUCCCAAGCAGCAAUCUGUUCAUGGUGGUGGUGGACAGCAGCUGCCUGUGUGAGUCCGUGACCCCCAUCACCAUGGCCCCCAUUGAAAUCAGGUAUAACGAAUCCCUUAAGUGUGAACGUUUAAAGGCCCAGAAGAUCAGAAGGCGUCCCGAGUCUUGUCAUGGCUUCCAUCCUGAGGUGCAUCAUGUUCAGUCCAGCCAAAGCAUGUUGGUAAAGAGAAGCACUCAAAUGGACUACGUGCAAAUGUGGGAAAUGUUAAGUUUGAACUUUGACAAAAUAACUCCAGAGCUUCCUUUGGAGUCACUGGGGACAGAAAAGAAACAUGGGCCUCACUCUUGAAAGCAUUUUGCCACCAAGUAACAUUGGAGGGCUUUUCUCUGAAGGGUUAUUCCCAGAUGGUCUCAGCAGACAAAAAACUCAAGUUCAUCCCACCCAAGGGCUAAACCUAACACUUUGAGUUCAAGUUCAGGGUUCUAGGGCAACUGCCACCCUCUCCUCACCCUAUUCCUGCUCCAUUCUUGAUGGUUACUAGGAAGAGAGGAGCUAAGUUUUCAUAUUUUCUCAUGAGAGACCACUUAUCUCAAGCAAUAAAACCAAACAUGUUGCAGGUGUGGAUUUGACAGCCUCUCUGUCCAACCCUCUUCUCUCUGCUUUGGGACUAACAGCACUGGUCCAGGGUCACACAGCUGUUCACUGGCAGAUCCAAGGCCAGGACGUAGGUUUCUUCUCUCCUCCUCUGUACCUCUUCCUGAAAAAUCAGGCAGCUUUCUCCAGAAUUCAGAUGAAAGGUACAGCUGUCAUAUCAUACCGUAAUAAGUGCAAGCAUUCCUUCUUAAAAACAAACAAACAAACAAACAAACACCUAUUCCCAGGGAAGUAGCAAAGCCUUGGAGUUAGAUUUUAUUUUUGUAUUGAAUUAAUCCUUUGUUCCUCUUACAUUCCCUUUGGAGGGUGGAGGACCAGUAAGGAUGAAAUUCAAAUGCUUAUAAAUAUCACUGAGAGGUACACCUAGCCACUCAAGUAGAUGCUCUGAAUUAAUUUUACCUGUUUUAUGACUUGGGAGGGGGAAUUCCGACAGAGGAAUACAGCAAAAACACAUUCUCCCAAACCUUCACUUUUCUGUUUCUCAUAGUUGAAAUGCUGACAUUCUAACAACUAUGUUAAAAUGUCUUAAAACUCAAAGAGGUUAAAGUUGGAUUGAUUUUCUAAACUGUUAGAACUUGCACUCAGCUUUCUGAAAGUCUUAUUGGAGAAAGGCAGGAUGUUUAUAAAUGAGUCACCACUUAAGCCAUGUCCUCACUAUUCAUGCUAAGUCGGUAUGUAUGUUCAAUUUCUCUGGCUCUACAUCAUUGAAUGAUGUUGCAUUGCCCUUGCUGUGGGCAUCCAUGCAUUCCGUCGGUGCCUCAGAGCUUGUUGUCUCCUCUUUGUCACAUGAAGCACUGAUCGGUGAGCAUGCAACAGGGAGCCACCCAGGCUGGGUCCCUGGCCCUGCAGAGACUACAUUCUGGGAGGAGAGAUGAUGUUACACAAAGUGUCACAAACAGAUCCUGAGUACAAGCGGUGCCAAAUGCCGAGGAGGAGAGUCACAGGCUGCAAAGAGAAUCAUAGGGACGUACUUUACCGAGAUGCAAGGUUGUCCUUGCCAGGUGAUAUUUAGGCUGGGACCCAAACAGCGAACAGAUCUGGCAAAGGGAGGAUAGAAGGCACAGGAAACAGAGGGACCAGCGUGAGUGGAGGCCUGAGGCAGACUAGAAUUCUGUGAUUGAAGUAGCAACACACAAAGAACAGCCAGGGUAGUGGGAUGGGGCAAGGUCAGGGGCUGGGCCAUUUAGGGUCUCAAGGGUACAAGAGGCUUGCAUGCCAUGUGAAUAUAGUGGGAAGCUAUGAAGGCUUAACCCACCUAAUGUUUUAAAAAG